UGUUUAUAAGUCUCUGUUGAGUGUAAUGACGAGUUCAGAACUUCAGUCGCUGAGUGACAUACCCUCUUAGUCCACCAGAAAAUAUCCACAAAUUCUGGGUAAGCGAAUGUACAAGCUCUUUUAAAAGUAUUUUCAGCAAAACCCGUGCUUUGGUCCUAGUAUUCCCUUGCCCGAGCCUGACGGGACGCGUAAUCGGCAUUCUCCGAGACGAUCCCGACCAGUGAGGAUGGGUUUGAACAAGACAGCAAGGACCGAUUCGCUUUCUCAGAAUUCAGAGCUUUCCGAAGAGGAGCGGUUGGAGAUGACUUCUGAUGCAGCACAUCCUGGCCAGGAAACCCAGUCUGCAGCUAUGACAGGAGAGGAUGAAGUAGUACAAGAGACGAAGCAGUCGUACGAACAGAUACUUGAGGACAGGGAGAAGCUCUCACAGACGGUGUUGGGUCUGCGGCAAGAAGUUGCCAAUCUACAAAUGAAGGUAGUUCGCAGAGACAUGGACUUACGGGCAGAGCGUGAGGCUCGGCAGAGACUCCUGCGUUGGAUACAAGCGCGGCGACAGAGUGCGGAACGCAAACUGCUCGAGUCAGGCAGCAGAACGGGCAAGGACGACGACGAAGCCUUGACAAUAUUCUGGAUCAAUCAGUUCAAGAAUACUCCCAUGCACGAUCCUGGGGCGCGGCACGGACCUGAAAUGACCAGCGAAGAGCAGGAGGAGUUCUUGGCCAGAGGAAGCUCGGCAGCACGCCCCAACUCGACCCCAACGGCUGUGACCUGCCGCAGUGUCGCGAGCCAAGCCAGCAGAUCAGCAUCUCAGCCUACAAAUACGCACUGGAAAGGAACACUGGCAUUCACAGCGCCACCUGCCCAGUCAAGUGUGGGCGAUCGUCCUCGCCUGGAGGCAGCUCCGGGUCUGUUACUGCGCUCCAAGAGCGAUGGAAGCACUCUGACACAUAGCGAAUCAAUCCCAACAAAGACAGAUUGCAAGCGCAGCCACCAUGAAAUCCCUGUGUUCACAGAUGGACACAGGGAAUGUGCAAGCAGUCGGCAAAGCAGUUUAUCAUGCAGUCAACGUCUUCGAUAUUUCCAGCGGACUGAUCAUAAAUGCACCGGUGAACGCACCCAGGCAGUAAUCAGGGCAGGUGGUGGUCGUGCACCAACGAGGCACUUCUCCGACCCUACUCCUGACGUAACGUCGACGGCCACAUUCGCCCAUGGCAGACAGUCGUCUCAACAGCGCGCUAUAGGUUCGGCUGGCAAUCAUAGACCCCAGCACAGCUCAGUGCCCCAGGUGUGAUGACACCAAGCCUCAAUGCCAACGGAGUGUCGCCUGCCAACUUAACUUAACCAUGCAUGAUACAUGUAUUCGCAUGUGUAUGUGGCAGUGCAGAACGUUGCCAAUGGUCAAGAACAUCACCAGUUUUAGUAUACCAACAAUGCUAUUUAAACAAAGACUUACAAACUUUCUUAUUACAACCCUUGAGAUUUGGGUAAUGCUAAUCGUACAGGACUAACAUUCGGCCGAUAUCAAUUGCACGUCCUGUACUAUAGCGCAUAUGUAUGGCCUUCCUGCCCCGGAAUGGACUUCUACGGCCUGGCCCACCUACAUGUACAUGAUGAUCAUGCAGUCAUGUAGUAAUUCCAAAAGUAAACAAAAGAAGAAGAAAAACGUGUACCCCAGUAUAAUGCUACAUUUUUUUACUACUAUUCACAAACCCAACUCGUAAAAAUUAAAUAAUUAUCUGGACAAAAACAAACAGCUACAGAGUACAUAUGGUGCUGCGGUCUCUAGUCGGUGGCUGACUUUAUUCGACGAUACUAGUACUGGUACAUGAUUGCACGUGUCCUGUACAAUCAGUCACAUCGUCAUGUACAUGCAAUGCACAUGUGUCUAUAGUAAUAUUAUGCUACCUAACGAAGCCAUGGGGAAACUGUACUUUAUAGACAAGGUAUUACCAAAGAAUAGAAGAAAGACCGAGGAACUACAAAUUUCGCUUAUAAUAUCCACUAACACCACCAGCAGCUACUAAACAAUCAGCUCAUGCGCUAACAUUGGACGACACUGACCGACGGUACUGACGUUCUACAAAUAACUACCGAUCAGCUCUAGCACAUUCCUAGCACGUCCCCUACUAUAUUAUCAAAAUCAUUCUUCCCAAAUUUACAUCAUUGUCUAAGUCUCUCUUCAUGUUCCGAACUGCUAUUCUAUGGAACUGUUUACCCCCCAGGCUAACAUCGGAAGCCUCGCUCUAUAAGUUCAAAGCUGCCCUCUGGAAAUUUACAGCUAACCAUGCUUAUGCAAUCAACGGAAUUCCGCCUCCUUGCAGUUGAUUUUCCCCGUUUCGCUCCUCAUCAAUCCCUACUUGUCUUUGUACAUACUGGUAGUUGUAAUGUUUUUUCAAUCAAAUGAACCCCCGA